UACUCGGACCCCAAGGCAUGGGACUCAAGAUACUCCAACGACCUUAGUCCAUACGAGUGGUUCGCUGACUGGCCGUUGAUCAAGUCUGUUGUUAGAGAAUACAUAAGUCAUAAGUGUAACAUUCUGCACAUCGGAUGUGGAACAUCGAACCUUGGCGAUCAUCUGAUAUCGGACGGCUAUAAGGAGGUUGUAAAUAUUGAUGCAAGCGAAACGGUGAUACAGUCAAGAACCAAUUCAAAACACUGCACAUGUAAGUAUCAAAGAGUGGAUGUGAGGCAGAUGGAUGUUUUCGCUACAUCUGAAUUUGACGCAAUAAUCGACAAAGGAACAAUAGACUCUCUCAUGGUAGGCACAUCUGUAGUGGGCACAUCUAUUCUUCUUAGAGUGUUCCGCGAAAGCGACCCAUGA